GGUCCUUGUUCAGUGAACAUUCAGCCACCUUUAUUUCAAAGUUUGUUAGAGAAAUACUAUUUAAAAUAUUACUGUCUUAUUUCUUUUGUUAGACUAGAGAAGAUAGAAUUUGGUUACUGGCCAUUUGUUAAAGAGCUUACUCACUCAGAGACAGUAAAGCACAUUGUAAAUCACCCCCAAGUUACAACUGAUUUAGACAAAGGUCGUGUGUGGAUUUAUACAGCAUUCAGUGAUGGCUUACUUGAGAGCUACAUUAGAUUAUUUGUAGAUGGUCAAAAACUUGCCAAAAAAUUCUACACAAGGAAAGCCUUUGUGCGAGAUAAAGAGAGACUUGCUGUUCUCCAGACAUUAGUUUCUGGUCUUGAUUUCAUUUCUAUUGUCCUUGAUCAAGGAUGGCCUUAUCUUGGUUAUGGAACACAGCAUUUUCAGGAUACUGUCUUUGAUGAUGAUAAGUCUCAGACCACAUUUGCAUCCAGCAAUUCUGCAGAAGGAGUUGACAACACCUCGAGUGAUGACAGAGAUGCCAACCACAGCAUAGCUAGCAACAGUUUAUCAACCUCAUCCACAUUAUAUGCAAGAGAACCACUGGGUCCUAUUAGUCAUGCUUCGAUAACGGAAUCACUGAGCCCUAACAGUAAUGCUUCAGUAACAGAACCACUGACUCCUAACAGCCAUGCUUCAAUCACACAGCUGUCAGAAGCUAACAAUGAGGCCUCAAGUGGAUCUCAUGAACAGCACCAGCAGACAAAUGUGGUUAAUUGUGAGCAAGAAGUGUUACAAACAAUGAACAUGGCCAAGGGGUCAAAUGAAAUUCAUAACAUUGGUAAACAUGAGACCCAGGUUUGUGAAGAGGGUGUUACUGGGGUUGAACAGCAACAAGCACAGUCAAGGCUUCACUUAAGCAUAAAUUUUCAAACUGAUCAGUUUGCAGAAGAUGAGAAUUUUCAGGUUGACCCUGUUAAAAUCAAAAGUAGGAGACAAAAAACAAGAAGGAAGAAUUUAGUGAAACAUGAAAAAUGUGAUAAAGGAGAAGACAAUUUUGAAGUUAACCCUUUUGUAUGUGUUGCUGGUCAUUCACUUGAAAGAUCAAUGGAUGAAGUGCAAUAUGGAAGUUUUGAAGAGUUGCAAAAGGAAAAAUCAUACGAAGAGCUGCUGCAGUUAUCCAGAUCUCAACAAUCAUCAUUCCAAUCCCAGGAUGGCUACCCAGGUUGCAGCAGCCCUACUUGCAGUCUACAGUCAACAGACUCUUUGGAUCAGUUCUGUAAAGACUUUGGAUCUAGUGUUAAUCUUACAAGUGAAACAUCCCUUAAUGGUGCUACCCUUCAACUUUGUGAUAACAAAGGAUGGUCAGAUUUAGGAGAUUCUGAAAGUAAUAAAGAACAAGGGUUUUCAAUUCAUGACAGCCUGGUACUGACCACUUCAACCGACAACACCGAUCAUGGAUCAUUAAAUGUGGAUACAUCUCCUAGUUAUGAAGGUCUUCCAAAACGACCCCUGCUACGACAGCUUCCAGUAACAUCAUGUGAUGUCAGUGUGGACCAGAACACAAAGCUUACAUUAUCUCUGGAAGUGUUUGAGAAGAAUGGUGAACAAUUUCACAGGAUGCUGGUUUUAUUGUGUGGUCAUCUAAGUAGUCAGCUGUAUUUUGUGCAUGUUCUUCUUACAGAUCAUGCAAUCUAUCUUCUGAAGAAAGUACCAUCACAUGAGGGCAAAAACUUCCAAGUUCAUCUGGCAUUUCCAUUUACAACAUUGAAGAAAAUAGAGGUUGGUCUUAACUGUCAAACAGUUACACUGGCCUCCAAAUCUCAGAAAUGUGUUCUAUUUGUGGCAGAUGAAGUAGUCACCAGAGAUUUUCUGUCAUCGCUGACCAGCAUGAUAGUCAAAUCAGGUCAUGGAUCUCUUCUCUCCAAGAUUGUCUCUACUUCAACAUUUCAGCAAGAAAGUUUGAUAAAGAAAUGGAUAUGUGAACUUGAGAAUGUUAAGUCUUGCAGCAUGGACAUCAGGUGUUAUACAGUUGUGCAGUGGUGUGGCCUAUCAGGACCAGAUGCCAAUAUUGAAGUUCUUAGCUACAAAAGUGUAAAGGAAGGUUACAUGGACUGUAAGCAGCCACAGCAUUUAAGAAGAACAUACAAAUGGACCACCAGCUAUUUUGUGUUAACGUAAGCCUUCUCAGUUUAUUUCAAUGGC